AUGGGGAAACUCUUAUCGAAAAUUUUUGGCAAAAAAGAAAUGAGAAUCUUGAUGCUUGGGUUGGAUGCAGCGGGUAAAACCACCAUCCUGUACAAAUUGAAACUUGGUCAAUCUGUGACUACGAUACCUACCGUUGGAUUUAACGUUGAAACCGUAACGUACAAAAAUGUAAAAUUUAACGUAUGGGACGUAGGUGGUCAGGAUAAGAUCAGGCCGUUGUGGAGGCAUUACUACACUGGUACACAAGCUCUUAUCUUUGUUUUGGAUGCUGCUGACAGAGACAGAGUUGAUGAAGCACGCGUCGAACUUCAUCGUAUAAUUAAUGAUCGCGAAAUGAAGGAUGCAAUAAUACUCGUAUUCGCAAAUAAGCAAGACCUUGCAGACGCCAUGAAACCCCAUGAAAUUCAAGACAAAUUGGGUCUCACGCGAAUUCGAGACAGGAACUGGUACGUACAGCCGACUUGUGCCGCAGCAGGCGAUGGGUUACAUGAAGGACUUUCUUGGCUUAGCAGUAAUUGUAAGCCUUAG